AUGUAUACAGUGUACCCAGUACACCCAUACAGUGGGGGGCUGCAGAAGAUAGAGGGGCGCAGGUUCUCGACGCUGUAUUUCUCCCGCGCGGCGCCAGAGUUUGUCUACACACUGCACAACACGCGCAACGGCAAGAGCUACUUCUCCUGUACCAGCAGGGGCUGCGUGGUGAGGGGGCGCUGUGAGGACCUGGACCAGGUGUUCGGGGAGGACCUGGGGCGCGGCUUCGUCACCAAGAACCACCACAACCACAUCGGCGACGCGUCCAUCGUCGCCAACCUCAGGUUCUCCUCCGCCUGCAAGCGCCGGGCCGCCGGCGAGCCCACCGCCAUCAGGAGGAUAUACGACGAGGAGAAGGCCAGACACCCUGAUGCAACGCUGGAGUACCGGGCGCUGGAGAACGCGCUCUACAAGACACAGCGACGCACGCGACCUGCGCAGCCCACCUGUCUGGCCGACCUGCGCGACCUGCCCAGCAGGUACAUGUCCACGCUGCGCGGGACGCCCUUCUUCAGCAGGAGAAGCGACGCGGGCCAGAGCCUCGUGUUCGUGUCCCCCGACGUGGGGGCCCACGCACGUCACUGCAAGGUCCUCUUCGUCGACGCCUCCUACAGGGCCGUCCCGGGGCUCUUCAGCUGCCUCGUCACGCUACACGUCCCCGUCAGCAGUCAGACGGUGCCCGCGGCCUACUGCCUGCUGGGGGGCAGGACGGAGCAGGACCUGGCGCCCCUCGUGCAGCACCUGAAGGAGACCCUCGCCCUCGCCCCCGCCCUCCUCGUGUGCGACUUCCUCCUGCCGCUGCAGCGCGUCCUCGCCAGGGCCUUCCCCCAGGCCCGCGUCACCGGGUCCUUCUUUCACUACACCCAGGUGGUGUGGAAGAGGACCCAGGUGCUGGGGCUGGCGUCGCUGUACCACACGGACCACCUGACGGGGCGUGUGGUCCGCAAGGCCCUCGCCCUGCCCCUCCUGCCGCCCCACAUGAUGGCCCAGGGCCUCAGCGACGUGGAGGAGGACGCCAGGGAAG